CAUUUUAACAAAGCAAGAAAGGAUAAUGAUUGGGGACAAAAUGCAGUGUAUAAUAUGAUUGAAAUUUGCUUAAACCCUGACAAUGAAACGAUUGGAGGUGAGGUAUUUGAACAUCUGGAUGGUGACACAGACAGUUCUACAGAAAAGCAAGAAUCAGUCCAGCUGGCUGUGAGAACAGCAGAAAAACUCCUAAAAGAAUUGAAGCCUCAGACUGCUCAAGGUCAUGUUCAGCUUGGCAUCAUGGAAAAUUACUGUUUAAUGGCAACUAAACAAAAAUCAAACGUUGAGCGAGCACUACAUGCCUUUACAGAAAUUGUUACUAAUGAGAAGGAUCAUGUCCCGGCACUUUUGGGAAUGGCUACAGCGUACAUGAUUUUAAAGCAAACCCCAAGAGCCAGAAACCAGUUGAAGAGAAUUUCAAAAAUGAACUGGAAUCCCAUUGAUGCCGAAGAGUUUGAAAAAAGUUGGCUUUUGCUUGCAGAUAUUUACAUUCAGUCUUCCAAAUACGACAUGGCGAGCGAAUUACUAAAGCGGUGCCUUCGUCACAACAGG